UGCAAUGACAAAUAUGCUUAAAAGCCCAUUAUAGUGAUUCAAACUGAUUGUAAUGAAAGAUCACCUUCUAAAGCACGUCUUAAAUGUGGAUGUGUGUGUUGGCAGAGGGCCCGGUGUUGUGUGUGGAGUGUGUACUGCUGAGCCGUGACUGUUUACAGCGGAGUAACAUGAGGAGUUGAGCGGCUUGUCCCGCCUACACCAUAACUCUAAAUGCAGAACCACAGCUGUGUUUCCACGUUUCAGGCACUAAGCAAAAUAGAGGACACGAGUGGGGGACGACAUGAACAAAUGGAAAUAAAAACCGUGUUUUCGUACACGAGGGAACAGGUGUCUGAGCUGCCUCCAGUUGUGAGAUGAGCCAUGGAAAGUUGCAGGGGUCCACUUACUAACCCAGCUCGCAUCCGCCCGACCGACCGCAGCCCGGGGGGGUCCUGCAGCAUGCAGCGGAGCUCUCACUAGCACCAAGUGGACCCGGUCCUGUCCUCCUUACCUGGGGCCAGGACUGCAGAAUGCUCAGUCCUGUCACCCCAUACAGCCUAUUGAAGAUGCACUGGUCUCCGGAGCACACCGCCCCUAUAUCUCAGUGGCCUGAGCAGCACCUCGACGUCACCUCCACCACUUCACCCCCGUCUGUCCACAAACACGAGCCCUACGCCCCAGCCGCUCGGCGCAAUUACGCUCACGCUGCAUACCCGUGGGCCAGUGAUGACAUAUCAGCCCUUACUGCUUCUUCUCUCCUCAAGCGCUAUGCGGAGAAGUACUCGGGACUGGAGCUGCCCUACGAGCGUCCGGCUUCGGGGGCCUACCCCGACCCCGGAGCUUUUCUCAAAACAGAAUCAGAACCCUGGACUCUAAGCCAGGGCAUCGAGUGCUACCCCGGGAUCGAAGCGUUGACUGGCACCAAGGUGGGCUCUGGAUCUGUGGGCAUUCCGACCACAGGAAGUGUGACUGUUGUUAGCAGUAACUUAGCCUCGGAUCCGGGCUACAGUGCUGCGGGCUCCUGCAAUGCCCCGUCAUCCCAGGACUAUCCUCCAGCCUACAACAGCACCUACUUGUCCUCAGGAUACUGCCCUCAACCUGGCACAGCACUUCCCCCUGGCCCCCUACACUCUUUGCAGGCCGCACCCACUCUCGUGCCCAGCUAUAGCUCCAGCACUCCAGUCUACAACUACCCGCCAGGCUGCUAUCCCCAAAACAGUCUCACUUCCAGUUACAGCCACCCCAGUGCCUCCUACUUACCCCCAGGAAUAAGCGCCCCUACACCUCUGGCUCCCAGACCCACAAUGGCGGGCGGCAGUUACAGCUACCCUUCGCACAGCCUUGGAGGGGGCGUCGAAGCUGGAGCACCGCUGAAACGCAAGGCCUUCGAGAUGGGAGAAGAUGGACAAGAAGGAGCUGAGGUGGAGGGAUCGCGUUAUAGAAAAUACAGCAACGGUCUUAGCAAAGGCAACGGGCACGGCAACGGCUACGACAUAAGUGGCUCCGGUUCAGAUCCGCAGCCCUACAAACCCGGCAAGCCGCUAAUGUCACCUCCUUAUCGCGGAACAGGGGACUACAGCCCCCCGACCGGCCUUGUGGUAGAGAAUGCUUCCGGGGAACACAGCUUUCCUCAUCAGAGAAUGCCUAUGAAGAUACCGGCAUCACGCACGCAUUCUGAGGACCCCCCCGGGGGCCACUAAUGACCCACUUAGCUUUUAAGAAAAUUCCUUUGCGCUAUGAACCAGGGUGUUUAACUCCAAAACACAUGGCGAUCACAGUUGCAAGUAUCCACAGACAUGUUUGAAUAUCACUUUGCAACCACAAGAGGGCACAAGAUUAAGGUUUAUUAUACUGUACCUCAUCUUUUUCAUUAUCCAUGUUUUCCCAAAGAUACACAGGGGCAUUUUAUCAUGUAAAACUGCAGUAUGGCAAAAUAUGAUAAAGUAAGCCGAAAUGUAUACAUCUCUCAGGAUCUAUUUAUUCCUUUCUGCUACUUUGGCAGCACUGUGGAAAUGUUGCCUGUUUUUGGACGUGUCUGGCCAUGAGUUUGAGUAGGCCCAUGACUGCAAUGUACUCUACCAGCCCACAAAGAUCAUAUCUGACCAAAAAAAGUCAAGAGAGCAAUAAUUCAAGAGGUGAGACUGCCGUACUACUACAGCACAAUCAUAGAAUAGUUGAUUCGGAGGCUUUAGGAAAUGAAUGUUCUUCUACAUUACAGUAGGGCAAUUAAGUAUUUAGUCAACCACUAAUUGUGCAAAAUCUUCCACUUGAAAAUAUUAGAGAGGCCUGUAAUUGUCAACAUGGGUAAACCUCAGCCAUGAGAGACAGAAUGUGGGAAGAAAACCCAGAAAAUCACAUUGUUUGAUUUUUAAAGAAUUUAUUUGCAAAUCAUGGUGGAAAAUAAGUACAGUGGGGAGAACAAGUAUUUGAUACACUGCCAAUGGGUUUUCCCAUUGACUGUGUAUCAAAUACUUGUUCUCCUCACUGUAUUUGGUCAAUACCAAAAGUUCAUCUCAAUACUUUGUUAUAUACCCUUUGUUGGCAAUAACGGAGGCCAAACGUUUUCUGCAACUCUUCACAAGCUUUUCACACACUGUUGCUGGUAUUUUGGCCCAUUCCUCCAUGCAGAUCUCCUCUAGAUCACUGAUGUUUUGGGGCUGUCGUUGGGCAACACAGACUUUCAACUCCCUCCACAGAUUUUCUAUGGGGUUGAGAUCUGGAGACUGGCUAGGCCACUCCAGGACCUUGAAAUGCUUUUUACGAAGCCACUCCUUUUGUUGCCCUGGCUGUGUAUUUGGGAUCAUUGUCAUGCUGAAAGACCCAGCCACGUCUCAUCUUCAAUGCCCUUGCUGAUGAAAGGAGAUUUUCACUCAAAAUCUCUUGAUACAUGGCCCCAUUCAUUCUUUCCUUUACACAGAUCAGUCGUCCUGGUCCCUUCGCAGAAAGACAGCCCCAAAGCAUGAUGUUUCCACCCCUAUGCUUCACAGUGGGUAUGGUGUUCUUCGGAUGCAAUUCAGUAUUCUUUCUCCUCCAAACACGAGAACCUGUGUUUCUACCAUAAAGUUCUAUUUUGGUUUCAUCUGACGAUAACACAUUCUCGCAGUCCUCUUCUGGAUAAUCCAAAUGCUCUGUAGCGAACCGCAGACAGGCCUGGACGUGUACUGGCUUCAGCAGGGGGACACGUCUGGCAAUGCAGGAUUUGAGUCCCUGGCGACGCAUUGUGUUACUGAUAGUAGCCUUUGUUACUGUGGUCCCAGCUCUCUGUAGGUCAUUCACUAGGUCCCCCCGUGUGGUUCUGGAAUUUUUCGCUCAUCGUUCUUGUUAUCAUUUUGACGCCACGGGGUGAGAUCUUGCAUGGAGCCCCAGAUCGAGGGAGAUUAUUAGUGGUCUUGUAUGUCUUCCAUUUCUCCCACAGUUGAUUUCUUUUCACCAAGCGUUUUACCUAUUGCAGAUUCAGUCUUCCCAGCCUGGUGCAGGUCUACAAUUUUGUCUCUGGUGUCCUUCGACAGCUCUUUGAUCUUGGCCAUAGUGGAGUUUGGAGUGUGACUGACUGAGAUUGUGGACGGGUGUCUUUUAUACCGAUAAUAAGUUAAAACAGGUGCCAUUAAUACAGGUAACGAGUGGAGCCUCGUUAGACCUCGUUAGAAGAAGUUAGACCUCUUUGACAGCCAGAAAUCUUGCUUGUUUGUAGGUGACCAAAUACUUAUUUUUAGAGAUUUCCCGAUCGAUCGGGUCCGAUCACGUCAUUUUCAAAGUAUCGGAAUCGGCAAAAAAAUAUCGGCCAUGCCUUUUUUUGAGAUGUAUAUAUAUAUUUUAAUUAAAUCGUUUUCUAAUUGUAUUUAACGUUCCAGACAUAAUAUGUUACACACAUCCAGAGUCUUUAGUUUAGGCUUAAGGUAGGGUUAUCAAAUUUAUCCCGAUAACGGCGGCAAUUAAUUUAUUAAAAAAUGUGUCACGUAAAAACACUCAACGCAAUUAAUGUAUGCGCCGGACGACCCUCUCACUCAUUGUCGCGUUCAAUCUGUAAUGACGCCGUUAUACCUAUAAAAGGAAGCGCAAAAUGAGUAGAGUGAAUUUUGGCAGCCUUUAGAGCCAUAUUUUAAUUGGCUAAAGCCUUGGAAUCCCUCUCCCAAUGAUUAGAAAUAUCAUGGGAAGCAAUGUGGGGAAGCAAGGUGGCAAUUGAUCUUUGUCUUAACACCAAAAGUUAUUUCCCAACGCAGAGAAGAUAUAUCAAUUGGUAGCACUACGCACAGUCAUGGUUCCCCCUUCCCAUCAUGCAUUUGGGUUGAAUGGCUGCAGUAUCAUUUACUGAAAGCUCAACAAAUACACUAGAUGGCAAUAUUUAGUCACAAUAUAUAAAGUCACAAGUCUUUCUACCCAUGGAUCCCUCUCACAGAAAGAAUGUUAAUAAUGUAAAUGCCAUCUUGAGGAUUUAUUGUCAUAAUAAACAAAUACAAUACUUAUGUACUGUAUGUUGAAUGUAUAUAUUCGUCCGAGUUUUAUUCAUUUUUUUCUUAAUGCAUUGCCAAAAUGUAUAUGAUCGGGAAAAAUUAUCGGGAAUGAUUGGAAUUGAAUCAGGAGCAAAAAAAAAAAAGCAAUCGGAUCGGGAAAUAUCGGGAUCGACAGAUACUCAAACUAAAACGAUCGGGAGCAAAAAAACAUGAUCGGACAACCCUACUUAUUUUCCAUUCUAAUUUGGAAGUAAAUUCUUUAAAAAUCAAACAAUGUGAUUUUCUGUUUUUUUUUUCCACAUUGUGUCUCUCAUAGUUGAGUUUUAGCCAUGUUGACAAUUACAGGCCUCUCUGAUCUUUUCAAGUUCAAGUAGGAGAACUUGCACAAUUGGUGGUUGACGAAAUACUUAUUUGCCCCACUGUAUGUGCUCCCCUGCCCUCUUUUGCUUCUUGCCUCUUGUUUUCAACCUGUUCAAUGCUACUGUUGUCCUGUUUAUAGAAAUCAUGCUGCUUAGAUAAAGCUGGCCUUUAAAUUGUUUUAGUAUAGGAUAUCAUUCCUGUACAUUUUUAAAUGUUUUGGGCAGUAAACAGUAGAUAAUGUAUGCAACUUUGGGGCGUGUUGUUUACAUGAAAAUGUUUCGAAGAGGCUUUAAUUCUGAAACUUCCAUAAGGAUUCAGUUUAUAUUUUGUCUUAACUAUAAUCAACAAUCAUGCAACAUACUGCUGAACUUAACAAUGCAAACUGAGCGCCUGUUAUAAUACACACGCGCUCAAUAUGGGCCUGCUUGUAUUUACUUUACCGAUAUUCAUUGUCUUUAUUUUUGCAUUUCGAAAGGAAGAGUUUUCGUCAUGUUAUUGAAUACUCAGGAAGAAUAUUGUUACCUCAGACUGAUGAUGAAUAAGAAUGUAUGUUAUUACCUUUGGAGUGCUUGUUGGGAGCCCUAUGGAACAAAAUUGGAGCUGUCGCAGCAAAGCUUACUCUGAAAUCUUCAGGGAAUUUACAAGGCCUUUGACAAUUGCAGUGAAAAUUCAUAUACACGAGCACACACAUGCACACACACAUAAACACAGACACCGUUUUGUUGCUCUGGGAAUAAAAGUGGCGAUAUUUGUACCAGAGCCUGAAAUGUUGAAUGUAAUUCUGAUUUUUUUUUUUUUUUUUUUUUUUUUAGAAAGGAUAAUACAUGCCAUAAUGUAUAUCAAUGACAUUUUUAGAUCUAUGAAACAUAUUUUCUUUCAUGUAUAGAUUCCCUUAUAGAUUUUGGUGGUGAGAUGAAUGAUGUUAUGUGUAUGUAGUUUGCAGCAACGCGAAGUUUUAUGGACAAAUCCCGCAUGAUGGGUAACUGAAAAACAAACAAAUUUGUUCGCUUUGGAUGUUUUGAAAAUGUCUUAAUGUCUAAGUGUUUGGUUUCUGUUUUCUACACCAGCCGAUUGUUGAAUUGGCACCACAAAGGAGAUUUAUUGUGACAAUACUGCUUAGUGCCAUUUUGUUAAUAGGCAAAAUGAAAUUUAUGAGCUCGGCCCUCAUUGAUCGUAGGAUUUUUGGUUAAUGAGUAUCUUUAAAAGAGGGCAAAAAAACGUGUAUAAGAAUCAAUGGGGGGGGGGGAGUUGUAUCCUAAGACAGCACAUUUUCACUGUAAAACUAGACAUGCCAUCCAAAAUGUCAAAAUGUGACACCUCAUUACAUUGAUUCUAAAGUAAAUUAGAGAUUAAAAAGGUGACACAAAACUGAACCUCAGUGUUAAAAAAAAAAAAAAAGUAAGCGCUUAGCUAUAAGAAUUGAAUGCUCUUCAUUUUCACAAAAAAUAGAGUAGCAACAUGCUACACAAGCUUUUGUUCUCAUUCAGCGAGUUUUUUUCCACCCAAAAUGGAUUUCAUUGUAAUCUUUUUUGUUGUUGUAUCUUGUGCAUUUUCUGUAACCAUUUCUACCUCAUUUUAAAGACAUUGUACAUGGAAAUAUUUAUUUCGUGUCCUUUCAUAUGGCAUAUUAGGAGCAAUGUUUCUCUCUUUUGACUUGUUAUAGUCAACUUCACUAUAAUGCAUCACAAAACAAAAACUAAAAAACAAAAAAAAGGAAAAUAUCUCACCCGUACCCCAAAAAUCAAAACUGUCUUUUUUGUCUUUCAAACCAAAAAUGUUUGACGUUUGAGUGUUGUCUUUCACUAAAAUGUACAAUGUUGACAACUAAUUGUAGCACUGGUGUUUUGUCUUUUAUUACGGUAUACAUUUGUACAACAUAUGUUUCUAUUCUUUCAGUUAUUGCAGUUAAACGAAAAGCGAUUUAAAUCCGUAAACAUCAUUUAAAAAAAAAAAAAAAAAACAUAAUUGGCUUAAAACGCUGUGUUUGAUCAUUGGCCAAAUUAUUUUGAAGUCAACAAAUAGAUUUUGUCAUUUGUCAUAACUAUAUCCAGGGGUGAAAGUGGGCCAGAAUGGUCAGGAACGCAGUUCCGGUAUAAGAUUCAGGGCCGGAAUGCUAUGUAAAAAAAAUAAAAAUAAAAAAUAUGCUAAUCUGCCACACAUGCAUUUCCUCUCCAAGAAGAAAACAAUCUACCAACAUCAGAUUUACAUACACAAGUGUUAACAACAAGCAUUUUAAAGUGCCUGUGUAGCGUCAUCCGUUUCCACCAAUAUUUAUUAUUUAUUUUAUUGCACGGACGGCAUGGAGGUUUCCCCAGCUGCUGCAGUUAUCUGAGUCUGAUGAUGAUGAGUCACGUCAAUGUGCGAAUGCACGCAGCAAAGCAAAACGCCUGGAGUCAUUUAUCCGUUCAGUUGGCUGACAUACUGACAUGCGAUCAGAUAGUUA